AUGGCACGCGCCUCGACAUCCACGUCGGCCAGGGACGAGGCCAUCGACCUGCGUUCCCCGCCCUCUUCGCCGCGCGCCUCGAAGCGAAUUCGCACAACCAAAGAGGAAGCCGUAGACGACUCGCUCGCAGCAGCAGCAGCAGCAGCAGCAGCAACAACAACAACAGCACACGUCGACACGGCCACCUCGCACCCUCUGCCAAACGAGGUCGCAAUCACCCCGGACCUCCAGCUGCCCCUCAACCAGGACGUCCUCGACACCUUCCUCUACUGGUGCCACGAGCGCCAUCGCAUUCACACCCGCCGCAGGCAGGGGAAGCCGCGAGAACAGUGGACCGACGACCCCAUCUUCAAGUCCAACAAGUUUGCAAACGUAUUCCGCGUUCUCGACCGCGGCACCCAGUUUGUCCUCACCGACGUCAUCGCAAAGGGCGACCAGUCGCUCGAGGAGUGCUGCUUCCGCGUCAUCCUCUUUCGAUCCUUUGCCCGCAUCUCAACCUACGAGCUCAUCACAGAAGCCCUCGGCGGGCCUCCCUCUUACCGCUCCUUUUCUCCCGAGCUCUACGACAACAUCCUCCUCCCCCACAUCGGCGCCGGCAAACCCAUCUACGGCAGCUCCUACUACAUCCCCGCGCCAAAGGAGUUCAAGAGCCAGUACCCCUUCCAGGGCACCCUCCGCCUCAUCUCGCUCAUGAUGCGCACCGGUCUGCCACAGAAGCUCGCAGACCUAAAGCACAUGCGCGACGCCCACGCCGCCAUCUGCGUCUACCCGUCCAUUGGCGCCUUUCUCGGCAUGCAGCUGCUGCUCGACCUCAAUCUCACACCCCACAUCGACGUGUCCGAGGACGAGUACGCGGCAUGCGGACCAGGCUCCAGAUCAUGCCUCGUGUCCAUGUUUGGCAGCUACGUCCAAGGCUUUGAGCUGCAGGCCAUGCAGUGGAUCUACAAGCAGCAGCACGACCACUGGCUGCGUAUGGGCAUCACCGACCCGCCGCAGCUGUGCGACGCCCGUCCGCCGGGCCUCAACAUGGUCGACAUCGAGCACGCCCUCUGCGAGGUGCACAAGUACAUGCGGGAGCGCGACCGCAAGGCGAACAACAAGGGUCGCAAGGGCGCCAAGCGCGGCGGCAGAGCGUUGACGGCGCGGCAGAGGAGCGUCGCCGCGUCCAGCGGCGCCGGUGCCGAGGCUGGCGACCAGGACGGCACCGGCGGCUUCAGCCCUGACAGGAUCAAGGGCGAAGGCGCGCUAGCCGCGGGCGGCGAACCUGCGACGAUUGACGACGAGGACAAGAAGGGCUACUACUCGCUCUUCGAGGGCGACCUCACCUACACGAUUCCGGAGAAAUGGCUGGUGCCCCAGCAGCAGAGGCAGUUUGAGCGCCCACCGCCCCUGUCGGCGACGGCGCUCAAGGCCGAGGCGCAGGACGAACGAGUCGCUCUCGACGCUCUCGCCAGCUCUGCACCGCCUGCCGACCAAGAGGGCGAGGCCGAGGUCGAGGGCGAGGGCAACGGCGAGGUGUACGAGAUCUCGCACAUUGUGACGAUGUCGCAGGCGUCGACAAAGUGCCUGGUGCGCUGGAAGGGCUUUGGGCCGGACGACGACACGUGGGAGGACCUGGAGCAGCUGAUGGAGGGCGACGCGCGCGAGAGCGUCGAGGCGUACCUCGCCUGGCCGCAAAAGGUGGCCGACGAGAUUGAGCGGAUGCAGGGCGAGGCCAAAGAGGAGCGCGAGCGGCUACGCAACGCCGACCUGGACCAGCUCAUCGCGCGGCAGUGCGAGGGCGGCUCGGCGGCGGCAGCAGCGUCGGCCAAUCUGCCGAUUGCGGCUUCGAUGGUGGCGUCGAGGGCGUCGACGGGCCAGGUGGCCACACGUUCGAUGCGGCUGCCGCUGUCGGGUCCGUAUGGCGUCGUCUAG